CAAACCCACCCUCAGUGCUGCUGCGGUUGCCCAGAAGUCAGUGAAGUGACAUAAAGAAGGAAGAGCGGCCAAUAGAUUUCUUCCCAAGGCAAGCUUCCGUGCUCUCUGUCCAUCACAACUUCAGCAAAGCCAGUGGUCUGGAUUCUGCAGAAAAGUGGGACCAUUACCCAACAGAAAAUACUUGGCUCUGGGAAGAGACGUGGAGGAAAUGUCUGACAAAUUUUUGUGACAGAGAGCAGCGCUCCCUUGGUGAGGAAGGAGUGAUGGACGUCCUCACUGUGGCCAGUUCUGGUUAAGGAUGAAGCAGUGACUUUGAUGCAGGCAGAGGAGACUGCCACCUUGGGAACAAAACAAGUGACUAUGCAGUGGUUGAUGUGACCGAGGAACCAUUUCGUGCCUUUGAGCUUCAUUUAAGCUCUUCAUAUGAAUAAGAGCAAAAAUGUGUGCUAUGUACUGAAGCAGCAGCAAGUUCAGUCCAGAAAGCCCUGCCCUAAUUGGAAUUAAACUUCUGAUGAAUGGCAUAUUUUCUCAGCCCUCCGUGUCACACAAAGCAAAUGCUGUUUGCUCCCCUCCUGCCUUUUAACCACUGGGUUGAGACCUUCUGGAGCUGCUGAGGCAAAGUGGUCCAAGAGAUGGGAAGCUGGGACCUGCCUCGUGGAGCCUCCUCAUGUGUGCUUAUAGCACAGCUUGGCAAAUGUACUUGGGAUAUGUCCCAGAAUUGGAUAAAUUGGAAGUAACUGCUACAGGGGAAGUCUCCCCUUAUCUCUCUGCUGACUGAUAUCAGGAUCUGUGGUGUAAGUGGUGCUGUUGCAGAAGAUAAAAGGUAAGCCGUGCAUAAGGCAACCUGCAAUCUAUUCAGGCAAAGGGGAAGAAAUGUGAGUGUUGAAGUUAUUGAGAGUCUGAGGCCUAUUUCUGGUGGCAAACGAGGUGCUCAGGGCACAGGAGAAAAUCAAACAAAAAGGAUCCAGGGAAAACCUGGGGCAUCUGCUGCUGAUCGUGUCUUUCCCAGCACAUCUCCAGGAGUGAAGCUCUCCAGGAUAAAGAUAGAAAAUUGCAAUGGAUCCAUUUGCCAAGAGGCUUGGGCAUUAUCCCAUGAGAUGUGGAGAAAAGCAGAACAAGGGCUAGCUGUUGUGAAGCUGUGAACUGGCUCAGCUCUGCCACACUGUCUGAGCUAUGUCUCCUCAUUGCCUUUUGAACACCUGGACCCUUUACCUGUAGGUGGGCUGUCUCCCUGGCUUAAACAGCUCACUGUGCUCUGGCAUGUCUGCAUUAUUCCUGAACGUUCUGUACACUGUUUUUUCAUUCAACCCAACUUGGAAAAAGGCAGACAGGCAGUAGUCUGAACACCCCAAGAGUCUGUAUUUGCUUUGUUCCUUAUGUGUUCCAGCACAACCUGCUCUCCUGUGAUUUAAAACAAUGUGUCUUUGUGCUUAUCUUCUGGGCUUGGCAAGGCCAUUUUUACCUUUUCGUUUUUGUAUCAACAGGAGAAAUUGCUGUCUAACUGAUCCGUUGUGGACCUCUGACCAAAACCAUCCAGUGCAACAUAUGCACAGACUUAUCCAGACUCCUGCUAGGAAUUGGAAUUGGCAUCGAGCAACACCCACGCCUCCACCCAGACCAGAACCCACCGAGAUGUUCCUCCCUCAGAUGAAGCUCGUGUGUCACUCACAACCCAUGGCAGAGGACAUGCAGGGGCUUGGAGCAGAGGACAGUUGGAAUGGGAAGAUGUAGCAUGGUUAACCAAAAUCCAGACUCAUCUGGGCUCCUUGGGCAUCUCCUACUGCCUCAUUCGGGACCUGAGUUUUAUUCAGAACCAUUCUCUGAAGCCCAGCUCUGCCCACACCCCAGCCAUGCAUGGAGACCCACGGAGGAGCCUGCAGCAGGAACAGCUCUGCCUUCAGCAAGCCCAGAGAAGGGGUUCCCAUGUGCCUUUCUGGUCUUCUCAGCAAGCUAAUGGAAACAAUCCUGUAACUUCAAGGCAGAACGAUGAGGUUUUAGAAUUCCCCUGACUGGUAAUGAGAGAGUUGAUACAGCUUAACAGCAGAGUAACUGCAUGCCAGGAUGGCAACUUCAAACCUGGAGAAUCAGCUGCACAGUGCCCAGAAGAACCUCUUGUUUCUCCAGAGAGAACACGCCAGCACCCUGAAGGGCCUGCAUGCCGAGAUCCGGCGCCUGCAGCAGCACUGCACAGACCUAACCUAUGAGCUGACUGUGAAGAGUUCAGACUUGUCAGGAAGCAUUAGUUCAAGAAGUGAUGAACUCAAAAGAAAGUGUGAAGAUCUUGAAGCUCAGCUGAAAGCCAAAGAGGCUGAAAAUAAUGAAUUAUUGAAAGAACUUGAACAAAAGAAUGCAAUGAUAAUGGUGCUGGAAAACACCAUUAAAGAAAGAGAAAAGAAGUAUUUGGAAGAGUUGAAAAUGAAAAGCCAUAAGCUCAAUAUGCUGUCCAGUGAACUAGAGCAGAGAGCAAGCACGAUCGCUUAUUUAACUUCUCAGCUGCACGCUACUAAGAAGAAGCUGCUGAGUUCAAGUGGGACUUCGGAGGGGACCCCUUCAGGCAGUCCAGUGUUGUCCAGCUAUAAGCCAGCCCCUCCCAAAGACAAACUGCCCGAGACUCCACGGCGCAGAAUGAAGAAGAGUUUGUCAACACCGCUCAACCCGGAGUUCGAAGAGGCCUACAGAAUAGGGUCGGAUAGUCGCAAGCUGCUGUUAAGGGAGCACGUGGAUGCCAUGCCUGAUCCCACUCCGUUUCUGUUGGCCAGAGAAACGUCGGAGGUCCACCUCAUUAAGGAGAGGCCGCUGGUUAUUCCACCCAUCGCUUCGGAUCGAGCAGCCGGCGAAUCGCACAGCCCAGCGCGAGAGAAGCCGCACAAGGCGCACGUCGGAGUGGCGCAUCGCAUCCACCACGCUGCGCCCCCCCAGCCUCAGGCAGAGGUUGAAACGCUGGCGGUGGAUCAGGUCAACGGAAGCAAGGUGGUCAGAAAGCACUCAGGGACGGACAGAACUGUUUGAGUCAAAUCACUGCUGCCCUGUUCUGUCGCUGUUUAUGCACUGUGAUCCCAUAGGAUAAAUAGCACCUGCAGUAAAGUUUCUUUCGAUGCCCCAUGCAUGCCAAACUUCUUCCAGAUACAUCAUUAAUAGAUUAUCCUCCUCUAUUGAUACCUACUAGGACUGUGUUCAUAUGGCAAGGUAUAUAACUACUAACUGCUGUGGCCAAAUCAGGGGUACCUGACUGCUUGCUUCUGAGCACUGCUCCAUUUAUUGUAUCUACACGUGUGGACAAAGGCACAUGCUGCAGGCUGUGUUAUUAAUAUUAGUGAAAACAAGCCUAUUAACCUGCAGCAAUAGGUAUUGGCUGUUAGCAUUUGAAAUAGCAAUGGUUCUUUUGUCUUCACUGUGUAUGUAGCACUUCAUACACAAACAUUAACUUUCAUGACAAAGCCUUCCUCAUGGUAGCAUUGAAAAUCCAUGGGCUGUACGUACACUUCAAAACAAACUAAGGACUUUUUUCCUUCAAAUGCUCUCAGUUGUGAACUGUGUUCAUAGUUUCUCAAAGUCCUGAGAGUCCCAGUAAGCACUGUUUAGUCCUAAAUAACUUGGUUUGUGGCUUUAAGUAAAAAAUGAGGAAGAAACAUGGAAAAAUCACUGUCUUCAAUGGUUAAUGGUCCUCUCAGAAAGAGUAUGAACAUGUUUUUGUUUGUUUUUUUAAACUGAACGCCCUCAAUGCACAUUUUACACUAGUCAGUGAGUACACUGCACUUGUGGCACCUUCCAUACUGGCUCAGAGCUCCUUUUUUUCAGGGAGAAAAUGUACCCGACUGUCCUGUAUGAGAAUGGUUCUUUAUGCUCUAACCUGCACUUUUUUUAUAAAGAUUGCUUUUUGUGUUUUGUUUUGUUUUUUUCUUGAAAAGUUUAGACUUAUUCAGGGUAUCAAUGGUCAGUUCUGACUUCUAAUAGCUUAGAAGCCUGAGCUGUGCCUCUAAAAUGUGUGUACUCAGUUUUAAAUGUAACUGACUUACCCACUUCUUACAAGAGGAGAACCUGGCAUCCUUGACUUCUAUCCGAGUCACUUGGGAUGCACCUGCCUUGUACUUGUCCUGGUUCCCCUGUCUAGUUAGCAACAGGUAGACCCUGCAUCUGUUGUUAAGACUACUUGAUUUUUGUUUCUUCUUUUUGUUCUUUUUUCUAGGAAAGAAAGGCAUACUGAGAGCUGUGUAUGUAAUUUUUGGAAAGGAGUUUUUCUUAAAUUCUGAUCAGCACCUCCAGCUUGCCUCUGCUUCACUCUUGUCUGCAGCCUCUGAGUAGGACCAGCAAGAAAAAACGGCUCCCAAAUGCUGCUAAGCUUAUGAUGUGCCUUCAAAAAUUUGGAACACGUAACCUUUGUAAAAGCUGAUGAAGGAUCCCUGCCUGCCCUCUUUCCUUCCCCUUGCCAGCUGUAAUUUGCCCCUCCAGCUUUUUUUCUGCAGCUGUGUGUUGGUGUGUUUCCCUCUGGAGCCUUGGGUAACUAUCUGUCAGCUUUCUCCCUCCUCCCCCCCAAAAAAGGCACUGACAGGAUGAAAAAAGCUGUUCUUCCUACCUGUGGUACUGCUAACUUCUCUGUGCAGCAUGCUAACUUACAGCAGGGUUGGACCCAGUCAGAGAGGAUUUGAAUGUCCACUGACCUGAAGGCUUCCUGUGCCCUGUCCCUGUGCACCCUCACAGCUCAGGCACUUGCUAGUUUGAGAAGCCCAAGAAAUGCUUGUCAGCGUUGUGCCUUGCCAGCCGUGUGCUAGGAUUUGUUUCAUGAACUGUGGGGAGGGACAGGCAAAAGCUCUGUUCCUGCAAAACUGGCUAAAGAAAGUUUGUUAUCCCGGAGUGCUCAGUGUAUUGUAUUUACCAGCAGUGUUUUCGGUUUGGGGAUUUUUUUGGUGGUUGUUGCCAUAUUUUUAUGGCUGUUGUAUGAGUGAGCUACCCUGCCACUUG